AAAGAGUGAGACCCAUGCGCUGUAUGCCAUCAGAAGUCCACACUGAAGAGAGACACUGCACUGGGAGCCAGAACCUGUCUACAGCCACAACUAUGAAUUCAGCUGUCACUGCCUUCCUCGCCUGCCUGCUGGUCCUCUGUGCACAAGGGCAGCUAGACAACGGAUUUAGCAACUGCAAGUGUUCAAAGAGUUAUGUGGGCAGGAUCAACUCGCAGCUCAUCCAGUCAGGGCCAGUCGUACACAACCCAAGUGUCUUCUGUCCACAUAUUGAGAUCAUUAUUACCUUAAAAGGAAAUAAGGAAAGAUGCGUGGAUCCACAGUCGCCACUCGGAAAGCUCAUCCUGAAAAACAAACACAAGCACGACAAGAAAACAGCUGUGACCGUGACAGCGGCUUCUGGGCAAACAAAUACUCAGAGCUCACCAUCAGCACACACCUCAUCCAGGCUCUAGGACUCUGCACUGAAGACGGAUCAGGGCAAACACUGUUAGUAUAGAAGAAGCUGUUCACCGCCACUGCCUCUGUCAUUCAUACAAGGAGAGUUCAAAACAUUACCAAUGGCCAGUCAUCUAUUUUUUCUCUGUUCCUAAGUUGUCUUGUCAUGUAUAUAUGUAAUAAAUGAUCUAUAUGUAUAUAAACUUUAAUAAUAUGAAAAAUAAAACACACGUGAUGGGA